AUGCGUUCUUCCCAGCCUGUGUGCAACAAGUGCCGGUCAGGAAAACAGGCUGAGGGGGCUAACUGGUGCCUUGGUUGCUCGGCCCUGGAAGUUUCGAGCACCCUCCUCCGGAGGCGCUGGAACAACCCGGGACUUCGGGCAAUAGCUGAGGAAACCUUGCUGUCCACAGCAAAGCUGUGCCGGGCUUUCAGUAACCUGGACAGCAACCUCCUGACUGCGGCCGCUGUGGACAAGGGACCACUUGCGGCUGCAAAGAGCCGAACUGAUCGGCCGCGCUCUCGCACACCGCUGAGAGACGAGGAAGAGAGCUACCUGGAGGAGUCGGAAGAAGAGGAGGCACCAGCUGUUUCAGAAAGGCGAGUGGAACCAGAGGAGCCCAGGAGGACCGAGGUGAAGCAAGAGAGCAGAGGAUCAGAGAAGCCACCAGAGCCGCCUUACCCGCCGAGUUUUGCGGCUGCAGAGGUGGGGCUGAUGGCAGAGGAGGCCAUUCCAGCAGAGGAGGAAUGGGAUGGAGUCGGCGACAAUCCCUUUGGGCCGGUCCCUUCCCCCGAAGAGGUGAGGGAGGCACUACAGAGGCUACCCAGGCCAUCAAAGCCAGUAAACUACAAUACAGCAGAGGCAGAGUUUUGGAGACUUCGCUACAUUCCAGCUGGCUCAGUGAUCCAGUUCAAGGAUCCUGUGGCCGUGCUGGAUGCCCCGGCCGAUGUGGGUGUGCUGGAGUCAGACAGCCGCUACUCAGAGGCGGAGACAAGCAGCAGCGAGUCCCUGAUGCCACCUUUGAAGAAGAAAGCCCCGCGGUCACCGGGUGCCGUUUUCAAGAUGUUGGAGACACAUGCAACGGAGAGAUUGGCCCAGGAUGCAACUUUAGAGGAGGCAGAAGGGAGUCAGAACCAAGCCUCAUCAAUGAGGGGCAAAUUUCACACCUUCUUCCAGCUGUGUUUGAAGCCCCAGUUAGAUCCGAAGUCGCGGGACUCGAAGGAGCUGUUCCUCCUCUCGAGGGCGCUGGAUCUUCUGAAGCAGCGGCCUUUGGACCAGUUGGCAGAUGUGCUGGCCUCGCGGAUGAUGGCGGUGGAGACCGCGUCCAAACAAGGCUGGGCCACAGCGAGGUUCUUGGAGGUCCUCGACGAAGGGGACGAGACAAGCACCCCACCGCACAUCCUUCUUGCAGCUCAACGGCACAGCAGGUUGGUCGAGAAAGCAGGAGGAAACGGAAGUUGGACAAGGCAACAAAACUGGUACGGCGACUGGGGAUACGGAGGGGUCGCAGCCCACGAAGAGGGGCAAUGUGGUACAACGAAUCUUGAAGGCAUCGAGACGACGCUUCUGGAAUUCAGGUCAGGAGGCGCUGGCGAUUCUUUGCCUGGCUGCCCGCUGAACCGUUGUGAUUGGCUGGCUACGCUGGAACAGACUAAUGAUUUAGUCUCAUUGGGCAUUGCACUGGCAAGGGGACUUUCACGAGGUUUUAUCCCGGAAGUUUCCUUAUGUGCUGAACCUUCACAGCUCGCUGGUCGGAAAUCCCGAUCGGGCGAACUGUUUCCCCUGCCGGUCAUCAUACCUGACAUCAUGAUGGAUGGUGAUGAAGCCACCGCUGAGGAGCGUUUUCGCUUGUCGGUGCGGUGGUGGACAGCGCUGGGGUGUGCGUCAAUCAAUGCAUUGUACAAAUGUCCCAGACAAGGAUUUAGUCGCCGACCUGGAAAAGUGCAUACUUGCGCGCUGAGGGACAUGGAAGAUAAGGUGAUGGAAGCGACAACUCCUACGCGAGCCUGGUGGCAAGUUUAUUUGGACAACUUCUUUUCAGGAGAAUUUGACGAAAGUGGCAGAGGCAGAACCGGGCUGCAGCUGCAGGAGAUGGCCAUGAAAGCUUGGGGCGCUGCUGGAGUGUUGUCAGCUAGCGACAAACAGGUUUUACAGUCAAAGGAAGUUGUUGAACUGGGUAUUAGAUUUGAUGGCAGUCAAGGACUACUUGGAGGAUCACCUGAACGAUUGCUGAGAACAAUUUGGGCCACGCUGUACCUCCUGAGGCACGGGCGUUGGAGCCAAAGGGAAGCUCAAGUGGUGCUUGGACGCUGGGUGUUCCUGCUGCAAUUCAGGCGUGCAGGAAUGGGCUUUUUGUCCAGGUGCUGGAAGGCUGUGGAGUCAGCCUGGCCAGCUCCUAAGCACGUCAAUACGUUGCUACAGGAGCUCAUGAGGCUCAUCUGCGUUGGGCCGCUGCUACAAACUGACCUGCGGGCCAAGUACGAUGGUGAUGUUACAGUUUCAGAUGCAUGA